AUGGCUUUGGGCGAGAUGGAUGGAGCGGCGUCGGAGCCGGAGGAAGGCGGGAGCCAGGAGCCAGGUGUCAUCUCCGCCAGAAAUAUCCUGGAGAGCUUCACAGAGAGUCAGGAGGUCGGGGGGCUCAUCGGUAACCUGAAGGGAGUCUUUGGGGAUCUGGUGACUCGAGAAAUGACGGUGGAAAAAUUCAUAGGUAUAAUGGACAAGUACCAGGAGCAACCUCACUUGUUGGAUCGCCACUUAGAGUGGAUGAUGAAUUCAUUGUUGGCUAUAGUACGGGACAAUGGAUCUCCUCCCCCACUAGUUCAUCUGGCUUUUAAAUUUCUUUACAUCAUCACAAAGGUGAGAGGGUACAAACGUUUCCUCCCACUGUUUCCUCAUGAAGUAGGUGAUCUACAGCCUGUUUUGGAUAUGCUUGUAGACCAGAAUCCAAAAGAUUCAGAGACUUGGGAAACUCGUUAUAUGCUUUUAUUAUGGCUCUCCAUGAUAUGCUUGAUUCCUUUUGAUCUGGCCCGUUUUGAUGGAAAUAUUACUUCUGCGGAAGGGCAUGCUCGUGUGCCAACAAUGGAUCGCAUACUUAAAAUAGCAAAAUGUUACUUGGUUGUCAGUGAUAAGGCUCGAGAUGCAGCUGCUGUACUGGUUUCAAAAUUUAUUGUCCGCCCUGAUGUCAGGCAAAAAAGGAUGCCAGACUUCCUGGACUGGACUCUUUCCAUGUUAUCUAAAUCCUCCUUCCAGACAAUGGAGGGGACUGUUGUUAUGAAUGGCAUGCUCCAGGCCCUGGCACAGUUAUUUAAACAUGGCAAAAGAGAAGAUUGUUUACCGUAUGCUGCUACUGUACUUGAGUGUCUUGAUAAUUGCAAGCUGUCAGAAAGUAAUCAGAUGGUUCUUCGCAAGCUAGGGAUGAAACUUGUUCAACGACUUGGACUGACAUUUGUGAAACCGAAGGUAGCAAAAUGGAGAUACCAGCGUGGCUGUCGAUCUCUGGCUGCCAAUCUGCAAGCUCAGAGUUCAGCUGUGCAGAAUCAAAUGAUAACAGUUGCUGCUAAUGAAGCUGAUGAAGAAGAGGAAUAUGAUAUUCCAGGAGAGAUUGAAAAUGUUGUAGAGCAACUGUUGGUUGGACUGAAAGACAAAGACACUAUUGUCAGGUGGUCUGCAGCAAAAGGAAUUGGUAGAAUAACUGGAAGACUUCCAAAAGAAUUAGCAGAUGAUGUGAUUGGGUCUCUACUGGACUGUUUUAGUUUCCAGGAAACAGACAAUGCAUGGCAUGGUGGAUGCCUGGCUCUGGCUGAAUUAGGCAGAAGAGGAUUGUUACUCCCUUCCCGAAUUUCAGAUGUUGUUCCUGUCAUUUUGAAAGCGCUGACAUAUGACGAGAAGAGGGGGGCAUGCAGCGUGGGUUCCAACGUGAGAGAUGCAGCAUGCUAUGUUUGCUGGGCCUUUGCUCGUGCUUACGAUCCUGCAGAACUGAUACCAUUUAUUAGUCAGAUUUCAAGUGCAUUGGUUAUUGCUGCAGUAUUUGAUCGCGAUGUUAAUUGCAGAAGAGCUGCUUCUGCUGCCUUCCAGGAGAAUGUUGGGAGACAGGGCACUUUUCCACAUGGCAUAGACAUUCUAACUGCAGCUGAUUAUUUUGCUGUUGGUAACAGAGUUAACUGUUACCUGACUAUAAGUGUGUAUAUUGCUGGCUUUCCUGAAUAUACACAGCCAAUGAUUGAUCAUUUAGUUAACAUGAAGAUUAAUCACUGGGAUAGUGUUAUUCGAGAACUUUCAACCAAAGCUCUGCAUAACCUUACUCAACGGGCUCCUGAGUACAUGGCAAAUGUGGUUUUCCCAAGACUUCUACCUUUAUCAGUGGGCACAGAUCUGCACACACGUCAUGGGGCAAUUCUUGCCUGUGCUGAGAUCACCCAUGCACUGUGUAAACUAGCAGAAGAGAAUAAUAGAUCUAUAACAUAUUAUUUCAAUGAAAAAUCAUUGGAGGGACUUAAGCAAAUCCAUCAAGAGCUUUGCAGUCGUCAAUUGUACAGGGGUUUAGGUGGAGAACUGAUGAGACCAGCAGUCUGCACUUUAAUUGAAAAGUUGUCUCUAUCAAAAAUGCCAUUUAGAGGAGAUCCAAUAAUCGGUGGCUGGCAGUGGUUAAUAAAUGACAGUCUCAGAAGUCUCCCUCUUGUUUCAAGCGCUGCACGACAGCAUAUAAAGGAGUCUGCAGUCUCUGCACUGGCUGCGCUGUGUAAUGAAUAUUACAUCAAUGAAAAUGGAGAAGCUGAUCCAGCUCUACAGGAUGAGCUGGUGACACAGUAUGUUUCAGAACUACAAAACACAGAGGAAAUGAUUCGUUGCGGCUUUUCACGAGCACUUGGGGCCCUUCCAAGAUUUCUGCUAAAGGGCAGGCUCCAACAGGUUUUGGAAGGUUUGAAAAAAGUUACCUUAAUUUCCCCUGCAGAUGUGAGCUUUGCAGAAGCGAGAAGAGAUGCCCUGAUAGCAAUUGCAAAGGUUUGCCAGACAAUAGGUGUAAAUGGAGAAGGAACUCAGGAAGAAUAUGUCUGCAAAGAUAACGUUACUCAGAUCUAUGCUACACUACUUAGUGGUAUGACAGACUACACCACAGACAGCCGAGGAGAUGUUGGAGGAUGGGUACGCGAAGCUGCUAUGACGAGUUUAAUGGAAGUGACGCUUCUGCUGGUUCAGAAUGAAGCAGAGUUAAUUAAUGCCAACAUCUGCAAACAGAUUAUGUGCUGGCUGGCUCAACAGUCAGCUGAAAAAAUAGAUAAAUUUCGAGCGCAUGCAGGAUCUGUGUUCCUUACUCUUUUACAUUUUGACCAUCCUCCAGUUCCACACAUACCUCAUCGAGAAGAGCUAGAGAGGAUAUUUCCAAGGUCAGAGAAAGAGACUCUAAACUGGAAUGCCGCUUCAGAAGCUUUCCCUCGAAUCACCCAGCUUUUGGGUUUGCCAACAUACCAAUACUAUGUGCUUUUGGGUCUCUCAGUGUCUGUUGGUGGAUUAACAGAGACAACGGGUGUCUGUACCCCUCCUGACAAUGCUGGAUCAAAUGCUGGCAAACGGCUGUUUUGA